AUGAACCACAACAAUAACACCAUUCGACAAACAAAAUGGGACGCAAAAAGAGUAAGAGACAAGCACCGACAAGAAGAAAGAAUAUCGAACCUUUGGAGACACAGUUUACAUGUCCUUUUUGUAAUCACGAAAAAUCAUAAGAUUACCAAACGACAGUCAACGUUUUAUCAGAUCCCCUGGAUGUUUACAAUGACUGGAUUGAUUCUUGUGAUGCUGCUAAUUAAGUCAUAA